GUUGGUUUUUUGUUGGUUGUCUUUGAUCCUCCUACUUUGUAUAUUUAGCAUCUUCUUCCUAUUUCCAAAUUGUACAUAGUUUUCUUCCCAAAACACUAAGCAAAAGAAAGAGAAGGCCAUGGGAAGAAAGCUUGAUGCUCUCCUUGGUCGGAAAUUCAAAACAUCAAAGCUUAAAACCACCGUAAACCUCGCCAUCUCCCGCCUCUCACUCCUAAAAAACAACCGCCUUGCAAGAGUCACAAUUACCAUCUCCGAUGUCAUCCAACUCCUCCGCCUUAACCACCACCAACAAGCCCUCCUUCAGAUUGAGCAAGUGAUCAAGGACCAAAACAUGUUGGAUGUGUAUGACAUGAUACAUACCUAUUGUUAUCUCCUCAUACAAAUGAUCAACCUCGUAGACCAAGUCAAUGAAUGUCCAAAAGAAUUGGAAGAUGCAGUAUCAAAUCUAUUAUAUGCGGCUCCAAGAUGUGGGGAGUUUCCAGAACUUCAAAAGAUACGUGUGAUUUUAACAAGGCGUUUUGGAAAGGAAUUCGCUAAUGAUGCUAGCGAGUUACGAAGAAAUUGUGGAGUUAGUCAAAAGAUGAUACAAAAACUGUCACCCGCACAAUCGACUUUGGAGUGCAGAAUGAAGAUGCUUACGGGCAUUGCCAAAGAGAAUGGUGUAAUUUUGCAACUAGAGAUAUCUUCUUCCGAAAUAAGAAAGGAGAAAGUGAUGGAGAAAAAGAAAUUUGGAAAGAAGAUAAGCUUUUUUAAGUCGAAAAAAUAUAAAGAUGCAACGCAAGAUGCUUUUGAAGCAGAGGCUUAUGUUUCAGCUGCCGCCAAAACAUCAACCGAACUCACUCGCUCGGAAUCAUUUGCUUCAGAUGAUUCAGAUUCAGAUUCAAACGGAAAUGAAUUGUGUUAUUCUGCUAAAGAUUAUAAUACUUUAGAAGUGCAACAAGUAAAUGUAAGAAAAUAAGUUAAAUUACAAUGAUCAAAAAGGUGUAUAGGUAAUAACCGGUAGAAGUAGCUUGUAGCUUUUAUUUUUUUUAAGGGUUUCUUUUAUUUAUGGUGGUAGUUAUAUGCUUUUUGGUAUCUAAAAAUAUAAGAAAUUUUGUAAUAGGGUAUUUUGUUGAUAUUCGAGAUGUUUUGUAGAGCUUGAAAUAGAAAACAAUCAAGAUUGCAUUUUAUUAUUA